CUUAUAUCCAUUCAAGCAGAUAUUCAAGAAGCCAAAUCUGAAUACGAUAAAUUGAACGAGGCACGCGAUGAAAUAAUGAAAGAAAUGGUACUACUAAAUACGAAAAACGCAGAGCUCAAUACCAUGAACAAUGAUUUAUCACGUCGUGUCAGCGAACGAGAACGAGAAGCAGUGGCAUUUAUGGCAGGAACAAAUUUCCUGGAUAACCAAGACAAGAAGCCAAAUUCAAGGAAUAGCGACACGUGCAACACUACGCCGAUGUUGAAUAAGAAGAACAGCAGCAGUGGUGUCGGUGGGAUUGUUGGUGGCAUCGGAGAAGAAGGGCUAACCAAGAUCAAGAAACUUAAAAAUCGGGGCCUCAUGUUUGGAAAGUUUGGUAACAAGCAAAAUGGUCCUCAACGCAAAAGUAGCAGCAACAACAACAAGUAUGGGAACGGAAGCUCCACGAGCGGCAAUGGCGGCACUGAAAGUCCGUACACGUUGAGUGAAUCUGAGUCAACUAGCACAAUCCCAGAAACACGAUCCGUUGGUUCGGCCGAUAACUACAGCAGCAGCAAUCAUGGAGAUUCUAUUGCGGCAAAUGACGAGCAUAGCCUUUAUCAAAUCAAAUUUAUACGACCUGUCCGCUGCGAAGUAUGUGGUGACAAGAUAUGGCGAAGUUCUGAACUAAAGUGUCAGGGUUAG